CUAAACCAAAAAGGCAUAACAUAAGAAAAGGCAUUUGAAUCUGAAGGACAGGUGACAAGUGAACAUGGCCAACAACAAUGAAGAGGAAGAUGAAGGCGCGGCACCACGAAUGGUGAAGUUGGGUUCGUACGGCGGUGAGGUUCGCUUGGUGGUUGAUGGAGACGAAUCUGCUGCGGAGGAGACCAUGCUUCUUUGGGGUAUUCAGCAACCCACAUAUUCCAAACCCAACGCCUUUGUUUCUCAAUCUUCCUUGCAACUCUCGCUCGACUCAUGUGGCCACCCUCUCUCCAUUCUCCAAUCACCUUCUUCCUUGGGAACUCCUGGAGUGACUGGAGCAGUGAUGUGGGACAGUGGAGUUGUAUUGGGGAAGUUUCUGGAGCAUUCUGUUGAUUCAGGGAUGCUUGUCCUUCAGGGCAAGAAAAUUGUUGAAUUGGGAUCUGGCUGUGGAUUAGUUGGUUGCAUUGCAGCUCUUUUAGGUGGUGAAGUCAUUCUUACUGAUCUGCCAGAUAGGAUGAGGCUAUUGAAAAAGAACAUCGAGACCAAUAUGAAACAAGUUUCUAUACGGGGUUCCAUAACUGCAACUGAACUCACAUGGGGAGAAGAUCCUGAUGCAGAAAUCAUUUACCCCACACCGGAUUAUGUGCUAGGGUCUGAUGUAGUAUACAGUGAGAGGGCAGUUGUGGAUCUGCUAGAGACACUUAUGCAGCUCUCUGGACCUAAUACAACAAUAUUUUUGGCUGGAGAACUCCGAAAUGAUGCCAUUCUUGAGUACUUCUUAGAAGCUGCAAUGAAUAAUUUCACUAUUGGCCGUGUGGAGCAAACACUCUGGCACCCUGAUUAUUGCAGCAAUCGUGUCGUUCUUUAUGUUCUAGUAAAGAAAUGAUUGUUAAGAAUAAUGUUUAGCUAUCUUGCGUAAUGUUCUAAUGCUGGUUACGUAAUGUCCAUAUUUUGCAUAAAGAAUUUAACAUGUUGACCACUAUA